AUGGCUUCCAUCAAUGAGGACGAGACCAUGGCCAACAUCUUCAAAAAGAUCGAGCGAGAAAAGGCCCUUAUAAACGCUGCCAAUGCUAUGCGACAGCAGACCAACAACGACGAUGUUAGGUCUCGACUCGAUACCCAGAUGCGAGAGGGCCGGAGGAACUUGCAAUUCUUCGAGGAGAAACUUCGCGACCUGCAGAUGAAGCGCAUGGGACACGGCGUCGACAACCUCAGUCUGAGCUCGGGCUCGACUGCCGUUGCUUCGAUACAUCCCAAAAGCGCAGAUUUACGAGGAGAUGCAGAAGGACCGCCGACGCCGCCGCCCAAAGAUGCCGGCGGCUGGCAAGGAGGCGAUACUGGCACAUCCGGGCCCGGUGGCUAUAGUCAAAUAGGCGGCCACGGCGACAUGAUGCCUCCACGACAUCCUUAUGCGCCUCCCGGUCCCAACACGGGCACGCCAAGGCCAAGACCGAACUUCACCAAACUAGACCUCAUCAAAUACGAUACCCCCUACCUCGGCCCCCGCAUUCAACUUAUGCUUUCGCAGAUCCAAUUCAAGCUUAACGUGGAAGAGCAGUAUCUUAAGGGUAUCGAGAAGAUGGUCCAGCUGUAUGGCAUGGAUGGCGAUCGCAAAAGUAAGGCUGACGCCGCCGCCAAGCGUGUCGAGAGCAAGCAGAAGAUCCAGCUCUUGAAGCAGGCACUCAAGAGAUACGAGGAACUUCACAUUGACGACAUGGAAACGAACGACUCGCCCGACGACGACAGCAUCAAUAUGCCCAACCUGCGAAAGCCUUUGACCGGUCAGCUGUCUGUUCGCAUUAUCCAGAUCAAAGACGUGGACCACGCGAGCACAAGUCGGUUCUCUCGAGGUCCGGAAACCUUCGUGGCUGUCAAGGUUGAAGAUAACGUGGCCGCUCGCACCAAGGCCUCGCGCUUCGACAAAUGGGACGGCGAAUACCACAAUAUCGAAGUUCGAGAGGCAAAUGAAAUCGAACUCACGGUAUACGACAAGCCUGGCGAGCACGCCCUCCCCAUCGCCAUGCUGUGGGUCCGGAUAUCGGAUAUCGUCGAGGAAAUGCGCCGCAAGAGGAUCGAGGCCGAGGUCUACAACUCUGGUUGGGUUUCUGCCGAUAGACUGGGCGGUUCCGCAGCCCCGCCGCCGCAGUUCCCGCUCGCCCCCCAGCAACAGCAGUUCGGCCCUCCGCCUACAUCGCCGGGAUUACAGGGCCAGCCGUCGGCGCCGACGUCACCGCAGCAGCAGUUUGGUCCUCAGGCUGCACCGUCGAUCGGUAACCAGCCAAUCGAUGGCUGGUUUAAUCUGGAACCCACAGGUUCAAUCCACCUCCAGGUGAACUUCAACAAGAUGAACAAGGAUCGACGACAGGUUGAUCUUGGUCUUGGUCGCAAGGGUGCCGUCCGUCAGCGCAAAGAAGAGGUGCAUGAGAUGUAUGGCCACAAAUUCGUCCAGCAUCAGUUCUACAACAUCAUGCGUUGCGCCUUGUGCGGCGAUUUUCUCAAAUACUCCGCUGGGAUGCAAUGCGAGGACUGCAAAUACACGUGCCACACGAAAUGUUAUCAGAGCGUCGUUACGAAGUGUAUUAGUAAAUCCAACGCAGAAACCGACCCUGACGAGGAGAAGAUCAACCACCGUAUCCCCCAUAGAUUCACACCAUUCAGCAAUGUCACGGCUAACUGGUGCUGCCAUUGUGGAUCCAUUCUACCAUUUGGAAAGAAGAACUGCCGAAAGUGUUCUGAAUGUAGUCUUACAGCUCAUGCACAAUGCGCGCAUCUGGUACCCGACUUCUGUGGCAUGAGUAUGGCCGUGGCCAACCAAAUCUUGGAAGGCAUACGAACACAGAAGCAGCGGCAAUCGAAAGGAUCCUCUCUCACAGAUCGGACUCUCCGACAAGCUAAGACUACGCCGAGUUCCGAAGGGCCUACGUCUCCGUACAGCACCCAUACGCCAUCUUAUACAGGAAGUAUCGCCUCCCAGGAAGCUACGAAUGCGGCAAAGGCCAUGUACGCCGGGCAGUCUCAGUCGUCCUCUUCAAGGCCUACACACCCCGAUCGAACCUCUUCUGGCAAUUCCAGCGCAGCCGCCGCUGCUGCUACAGCUGCCAUGGGUGGGUCUAUGGCCUCUCAAAGUCGGCCUGGUGGAUAUGGCGGAUCUGUGGACUCCCAUGAUGAUCCAUACUCUCAACCCGGAGGAUAUGGUAGCAGCCCGCCCCAGCAGCCAAAAUAUAAUCCUGCAGCUUAUGCCAAUAUCAACACAUAUCCUACCCAGCCUUCAAUGCCACCGCAACAACAGCAGCAGCAGUCACCGCCACAGCAGCGGCCCAUGCAGCACCAGCAGUCAGCCCCUCAACCGCAAGCACAACAGCCAAUGUACCAAUCAAAUCCACCCGUGUCAAAGCCCCCACCGGCCGCUGAGCCGCUCCCUUCGCCAACGUCGAGCUCAAUCGUCCCCUCCAACAGCAGAAAACCGCUGCCGCUUGCGACUGACCCUGGAACCGGUCAACGUAUCGGGUUGGAUCAUUUCAAUUUCCUGGCCGUCUUGGGUAAGGGUAACUUUGGCAAAGUCAUGUUGGCUGAGACCAAGAAGUCACGGAGACUGUAUGCGAUCAAGGUUUUGAAGAAAGAGUUCAUCAUUGAAAACGACGAGGUCGAGAGCAUUCGGUCAGAAAAGAGAGUCUUCUUGAUUGCUAACCGAGAGCGGCACCCGUUCCUGACGAAUCUCCACGCCUGCUUCCAAACGGAAACCAGAGUGUAUUUCGUCAUGGAAUACAUUAGCGGUGGUGAUCUCAUGCUUCACAUCCAGCGCGGUCAGUUCGGCACGAAGCGUGCACAGUUUUAUGCUGCCGAAGUAUGUCUGGCGUUGAAGUACUUCCACGAAAACGGCGUCAUUUACCGUGAUCUCAAGCUUGAUAACAUUCUCUUGACCCUUGAUGGUCAUAUCAAGAUUGCGGAUUAUGGUCUUUGCAAGGAAGACAUGUGGUUCGGCUCAAACACGAGCACUUUCUGUGGAACCCCUGAAUUCAUGGCACCAGAAAUCCUGCUUGACAAGAAAUAUGGCAGAGCUGUUGAUUGGUGGGCUUUUGGUGUGUUGAUAUACCAAAUGCUUCUUCAACAGUCACCGUUCAGGGGCGAAGAUGAAGAUGAAAUCUACGACGCUAUUUUGGCGGACGAGCCCCUGUAUCCUAUUCAUAUGCCGAGAGAUUCGGUCUCGAUUCUCCAGAAACUGCUCACCAGGGAACCCGAUCAACGACUUGGCAGCGGGCCAACAGAUGCGCAGGAGAUCAUGAACCAGCCCUUCUUCCGCAAUAUCGUCUGGGACGACAUUUACCACAAGCGAGUGGCGCCGCCGUUCAUGCCAACAAUUAAGAACGCGACGGACACCAGCAACUUUGACUCGGAAUUUACAAGUGUUACACCUGUCCUCACACCGGUGAAUUCAGUACUUUCGCAAGCCAUGCAAGAGGAGUUUCGUGGCUUCUCUUACACGUCGGACUUCGAUUAA